UGGCUGCUUUUGCCACUGCAGCAAAUGCAGGCAGCUUUUAGCACAGGCUAACGCGCUUCUCGGUGUGUUUUUGCCGUUUGUCAUCGCGAAGGAAAAAUAUGAAAGUGUCGGAAAUGUGCGAAAGAAGAAGCCGGUACGUCCAGGGAAAUGAUUUUCACCGGGACUGCCUCUGAAGAGGAGGAUAAGCUAACGUAAAGACACCCGGAAGUGUUGUUGAAGCUCCCAGCAUCAACAGACACAAUGAGUGCCAAAUAUGGCCUGGUGAGCUACAACAGCUCACGGAAGCACAUUUCAAUCUCCAUCCCAUCAUCCACGGAGGUGAUGUCACCCCACAUAAAGUCUGUGGAGGAGCUAAGGGUCCUUGGAAUCAACCUGAGCAGCUUCAGUUCCCCCACGCAGUUUUUAAUCUGUGUGGCUGGAGUCUUCCUCUUUUACCUUGUCUAUGGAUACUUGCAGGAGUUGAUAUUUUCUGUGGAAGGAUUCAAGCCUUUUGGUUGGUACCUCACUCUGGUCCAGUUUGGUUUUUACUCCAUGUUUGGACUAGUGGAGCUUCAGCUCACACAGGACAAACGCAGAAGGAUACCAGGGAAGACCUAUAUGAUCAUAGCAUUUCUAACAGUGGGAACUAUGGGCCUGUCCAAUACCUCUCUGGGCUACUUGAACUACCCUACACAGGUCAUCUUCAAGUGCUGUAAACUCAUCCCCGUCAUGAUUGGAGGAGUGUUUAUACAAGGUAAACGCUAUAAUGUGGCUGAUGUGUCUGCUGCUCUCUGCAUGAGUCUGGGACUCAUCUGGUUUACGCUAGCUGACAGCAAAGUGGCCCCCAACUUCAACGUCACAGGUGUUCUCCUCAUAUCCCUGGCACUGUGUGCAGAUGCUGCUAUUGGAAACGUGCAGGAGAAAGCCAUGAAACUCCAUAAUGGCUCCAACUCUGAAAUGGUGCUGUACUCGUACUCCAUCGGUUUUGUCUACAUACUGACAGGCCUGCUCUGUGUGGGCGGACUGGGGCCGGCAGUGGCUUUCUGCUCAGAACAUCCUGUGAAGACGUACGGUUAUGCAUUCUUUUUCUCCCUCACGGGGUAUUUCGGCAUCUCCUUCGUGCUGGCCUUGAUCAAACUCUUUGGUGCCCUGGUUGCUGUGACAGUGACCACCGGGAGAAAGGCCAUGACUAUCGUACUUUCCUUCAUGUUCUUCGCAAAACCUUUCACUUUUCAGUACAUCUGGGGCGGCCUUCUGGUGCUCUUCGGCAUCUUCUUGAAUGUUUACAGUAAAAACAGAGAGAAAAUGAAGCUUCCCUCCAUCAAGGACCUCAGAAGCUGGCUGCUAACAGGAAAGAAAGUCAGAUUUCUCUCACAAAACGUAUAGGAGGCACCCACGGGCGUAGCUGAAGUCCUGCACUGGCAGACUGUUUGUCUGUUCAGAUGAAGAGUUGGCCCACUUGUCUCUGGUUGUGCUACAGGCAAGCGCCCGAGCAACAACCCUCAUCACCACGGACACUGAGCCAGGCAUGGGUAUGCAGGGUGUGACCUCUAAUCAGACUGAAAAGCAGCGGACACACCAGUAAACUAGAAUGGGUGAUAGUCGCUGCAUCCAAUCUCUGUGUGCCAGUACAACACUGGUGUAGAACUGCCUGAAAUCACUCAAACUCUGCAGCAAACUGAAGGAACUAUUUUUUACAAGGGGAUCAAUGUUAGUGGGCUCUUUUUAAAGCGAUGCUUCGGGGCCCCGCGGAAACAUUCCCAACAUGGAGGACAACACUGAGGACUUUUCUAAAGGGAAGCCAGCGCCUUAGCUAACCAAAUCGCACAGUUUUGCACUGGAAAUGACGUAUAGACUUAAACCGGAGUGGUUGUAAAAAACAUUUUUAAAAAAAAUGUAAGAAGGAAAGAGUAAAGAGUGACAAGCUUACCUAUCAUAUCUGAAAUGAAUGUUUGCCCCCCCCCCACACUAAAAGAAAAAAUUCAUAUGUUAUAAAGGCAUAUUUGCCCUCGCAUGUGCCAGAAAGACUAAACAAAAACAAUGUUUUACAUAAUCAUUGUCUUGAUGAAAGUGGCUUUUUCAUAGUUUAUUGGUAUAAUUUAUAUCUGACUGUGCCCUAAUUCUUAAAAAGUGUGUGAUCAUGUGGUGACAUUUUUGGGGAAUAUGGAGAGAUUUGCUCCUGUGAACAUUAAUACAUCGAAAAUGUCAACUGCCAUAAUUUGCUAACCAUGUGUUUGGGUGAAAGGGUAGCACUCUUUUUACAUUAAAAUAAACCGAGAUGUUUCUCGUGAA